ACAUCGCCUCCCGUUUUCUGCUGCCACAGCUACACGUUUUUUUGUUGUUGCUUUUUUUUCCUGCCUGUACGCGUCUCUCGAUCUCUGAUUUCGAUGCGUUUGCGGUCGCCUGCUGCCUCCAUCCACCUCCAGUAACCCAUGUCCGCGAGCCUCCCACCUCCUUCCCGCACCCCCGCUCGCGCUCCGCGGUGCCCGCCGUCACAAUGUCCACUCCGCCCGUAGACCCGCUCUCGGCUGUGGAAAGCGGCCCCCAAUCGCACUAUUUUCAGCUGCCCAGGAAGUUGCCCAAACGAAAGAGCCGCUUCAAACGCUCGGAUGGCAGCACGUCGUCCGACACAACAUCUAGUUUCCUCAAACGGCAGGGGUCGGCUGAUUCCUAUACCAGUAGGCCGUCGGAUUCCGACCUGUCAGCCGAGGAGGACCGCGAGGCGUAUCGGCGUGAAGCCGAGCGCCAGGCACAACUUCAGCUCGACAGAGCUAAGUCCAAACCUGUAGCGUUUGCAGUAAAAACCAAUGUGAGUUACUGUGGAGCUCUCGAUGAGGACUGUCCUGUCCAAGGAGCUGCAGUCAACUUUGAUGCCAAAGACUUUCUGCACAUCAAAGAAAAGUACAGUAAUGACUGGUGGAUCGGCCGGCUCGUCAAAGAGGGAGCUGACAUCGCCUUCAUUCCGAGCCCACUCAGGCUGGAGGCAAUGAGACUCAAGCAAGAGCAGAAACAGAGGAAAACAGGUGGCAACUCUUCCAGUUUAGGAGACAUGGUAACCGGAAGCUGGAGGACCACACCGCCAUCUGCAGGUGAAUCUAAACUGAAGCAAAAACAGGAACACGUCCCACCAUAUGAUGUGGUGCCCUCCAUGAGGCCGGUGGUGCUGGUGGGGCCGUCACUCAAGGGUUAUGAGGUUACAGAUAUGAUGCAGAAAGCCCUUUUUGACUUCCUGAAACACAGGUUUGAAGGAAGAAUCUCAAUUACUCGUGUCACUGCCGACCUGUCCUUGGCUAAGAGAUCCGUCCUUAAUAAAAGACCCAUCAUGGAGAGGUCCAACACUCGCUCCAGUCUGGCUGAGGUUCAGAGUGAGAUCGAGAGGAUAUUUGAACUGGCCAAAACGCUGCAGCUUGUGGUUCUCGACGCAGACACCAUCAACCACCCCGCACAGCUCUCCAAAACCUCCCUUGCGCCCAUUGUCGUUUACGUCAAGGUUUCCUCACCAAAGGUGCUCCAGAGGCUGAUCAAAUCCAGGGGAAAGUCUCAGAGCAAGCACCUGAACGUGCAGAUGAUGGCUGCAGACAAACUCUCUCAAUGCCCCCCUGAUUUGUUUGAUGUUAUUUUGGAUGAAAACCAGCUAGAGGAUGCUUGUGAGCAUUUGGCGGAAUACCUGGAGAUAUACUGGCGGGCCACUCAUCUCCCAGGCACCACCCCUCUUAAUCCUCUUUUAGAGCAGACUCUGAUGAGCCCGCCGUCCGCCAUCUCCAGCCUCCAGAACAAGAACCAGCCGCAGGGUAGCGAGGCAGCGGGUUUGGAGGCUGAGGAGCAAGAAGAAGAGGAGGAGGAAGAACCGGGCGAGGAGGCCCUCUCCCCCUUGGAGCAGGACAGUCUCAUGCCAUCGGACGAGGCCAGUGACUCCCUGUCUCACGGCCAGAGGGGGAGCCCGUGUCAGAGGGGCGGAGAAGAAGAUGAAGAGGAGGAGGAGGACGAGUACACCUCUCCGUGUCACGGCCGCACGUGCCGGGGCAUGUACCCUGCUCGCCGCGGACACGCCGGAGGCCACAACGCCAACAGCCACGAGUCGCAGGACAGGCUGCUUCAAAGUGAAGCCCAGCGGGGUCACAACCAGAGGAACAACCGCCAGCGCAGCCGCCCUUGGCCUCGAGACACCUACUGACCAAUCCACAAGUCCAGGUCUAUUUUUAGAGCAUCACUUUAUCCUUAUGAAGGACCAAAGCUGCCAAAAUUAAAAAUAAAAGAAUAACUCAAAAUGAGAGUGACCAUAAAUACAAAAAUUUUAAUAUAAAGACUUGAAAAAAAGUAAAACUAAAAACAAAUAUCAACACCAAAAGAAAAAGAAAUACGAUUAAAAAAUUAACAAUAAAUGUGGAAAUGAAUACAAUAAUAUAUAAAUUGAUUUCAAUAUCAAUAAAUAAAAGCGCUUUGUGCUCAUACGUUCUUUUUUUUCCAUUGUCAGUGUGAAGAUGCAGAAGGAAAUGUUAUUCCAAAAAUGAGGAGGCGGUUUGGGUGAACUAUUCGCCUAUUGGUUGGUUAUGCAGAUGCUCACGGCGAGCACUACGCUGACGUGGACGCUAUUUGCUUAUGGCAUUCGCUAGGGAUUUCCCGAUCCAAUACUCAGUAUUGGUAUCGGCACCCGAUACAGCUGUUUUUGGAGUAUCGGACAAUAUUGGAGUUGGUCACAAUGUCGGAACCGAUCCAAUAAUCGCAAUGUCCCCUGAGUGAGACUGCUGAUCUUUACAAAGUAAUGAUAGUAACAGAGCAUCAUGUAAUAUUCUUGAAGAGGUACGUCAGAGCUCGAUUUAAUACAAAAAAUAUGAAUUUUUGCAUUGUUUUUACUGCUCCAAAAAUCAGUCCUGUCACAGAUUACUUGAAAAAAUUAUUUAAUUACUGAUUAUUGUUAUACCUCAAAAGGUAAUCUAGUUACUUUACUGAUUACUUUGCUAUCAUGGUAACUAAGUUACUUUAAAAGAAAUCUAUCAGUUACUUCUUACCAAUUUUUCUCUUUGCUGCGUCAACAUAAGAAUGACAACAGAAAAACGUCAUCACAUUUAAUUGAAUUUUUCACAUUAACUUAAUCUUGGAUUUAGCAGGGGUUUAAUUAGUCGAUGGAGUUGAUUUCAACCACCAAUGACUCGUGCUAGCUUAGCCACUCCGGAGCCCUGAAACUAACAAAUAACUGACAAACUGCACAGAAUUUGUUGAAAUCAACUCCAACCACUAAUUAAACCCCCACUAACUCGAAGGUUAAGCUUAAUGUAAAAAAAUCUGAACUUCCCCUUUAAAACAAAGACCUAGCAGUUAAAAUGUCUGUAAAAGUUGUCAAGCAAACAACAUAAUGAAUGAAAUGGACAAGAAUCCUACAAAGUAUUUCAUAAUGGGUAAGAAUUAUUUUUUUGAACAGGUCAUGUGACUAGCACAUUAGAGAUGGUCCUUUGCUUUGCUCAGCCAAAACUACACCUAAUAAUGCAAGAUGACAUUUAGAAUUUCUUUAAACCCAAACUUUCCAAAGCCACCAACAACAACUGAGCCUGAACUGAGGAUUGAACACGAACAGUGUCGAUGUAUACAGUGUAUCACCAAAAUGAGUACAUCCCUCGCAUUUCUGCAGAUAUUUAAGUAUAUCUUUUCAUGGGACAACACUGAC